AAGAGCGCUCGGCCCUGUGCAUCUUGCCAGGCUCCCAAUCAGGCAAGCAGAAAAACCUGCUCUGUCUGCUACGGAAGUCUGUCCACCAAACAAAGACUAAAAGAAAAGGUGGAGUCACUGGAUGGUCAGUGGGGGAAAGCUGUCCUGAAAAACCGAAAUGUUGGCCGGAUAAUUGAUUGCGCCCGUAUUGCAGUGCGGAAACUUGAGACUAUCGGCUACAAGCCCAUUUUAUUUAUUGGCAAAAAAGAUAAGGUCUCAAAUAAGUGGGUAGCAGAUGUUAUUACCCAUCUGGGCCCCAGUUCUACUACCAGAAAUUUCCUGGAGAAGAUGCAGAGGGCUUAUGAAUUUAUCUUGACUAAGGGAUCCUCCACACCAGUGCAACCUGACAUCCCCACAGAACAGCAGUGUGUGGAGCCCAGGAAUGCUGCUGAAGAGCAGCCUGAGAUGACCACCAAGGAGCAUUGUGCCAAUGAGCAUCCAGAGACCCUCACUGACAAGCAGGCAGAGACCAUCACUGAGGAGGAUCCAACGAUGCUGUCAGACGAGCUGGCAGAGAGUAUUUUUGUACUUAAUCUUGUUCCGGUCUCUCCUUCUAGUCCAUGCUCCCAGUCUUUCCAAAAAAAGAAGAGAGAGAGAAGCACUUCUCCAACAAUCUCCACCACCUCUCCACAACAUGUUACAGCCACAGAUCGACCAUCUCUGCAGUCUUUUCAUCCACCUGCUUGCCGUGACAUCUCCCAGUCUUUAAGUCAGGGUGGCCCAAGUGCAAAAAAGGGGAGAAAGGGUUGUCGAAAAUAUAGCAGGCAGAAGAUCUUCAAGUUUGAAGCGAUCACUGGGAACAGAAUAAAUGAGGGGAAAGCAGAAUUGAAAGUGCCUUGGGUCCCCUGCUCUUUUUGUGGCAAAAUCUGGGAUGACACGUGGGAGCCUGCCAGUCAGUUUCACCAUCACUUUGCCGUGUCCGAAGUGCCGCCUCCUUCAGCCAGCGAACAGCUCUCUGGAUGAUAUUUUGCUGGUAGUUUUUUCUUUUUUUCUUUUUUCAUGUUACAUUUAAGUUUGGAUAUCCAUAUCUGCAAACUGUAUUUGUGUACUCUUUCCUGGGAACAUUGUCAAAAAUCUGUGGAACCAAAGAUCCACACGUGUAGAUACCACAUUGGUUUAUGCUGUUCAUUGAAAAGAUGCGUUCUUUUUAAGUGGUUUGAUUGUUACAAAUGUCUGACAUGUAUUUAUACUUGUUUAAAUGCUUUUUGUUUUAUGAAAAAUUCAUUGUCCUCUGUGUUGGUACUGACAGUAAUUUUUCUGGAAUCUGAUGUUAAAUGCUUUAAUUGUACAGCACCUUUUUUUGUUGUGUAGCCAGGUCUUUGCAACAAUAAUAGGGGGGUAUAAUUCACAAAAUGAAUAUCCUGUUGUGUUCAGUAUGACAUCAAACUAGCAACAAAGCCCAUAAACUCAUCACUCUGUUUCCUUUAUUUCUCAAAGGAAGGUGGUAUU